GUCGGUGUGUAGCAUUUCUCACAGUUACUUGGGGCAGCCUGGAUUGCAUCCCACGCAGUCCUGCAAGCACCCACAUUCUGAGGUUUCUCUCACUGGCCAUCUGUCCAACCCACUUGUCCUCUGAGAGUCUCCUUUGGCCCUGCCUGUGGCUCUGCCAGCUUCCUGGAAGGGGGCUCUGAUCCCAAGGCUGGGGCUGACCCUACUCAGGUCUCUACAAGCCAGGAUCACCAAUGCUGAAGACACUCCAGGAGCACUUGGGACACAUCAUGCAUCGUACACUCCCAACUCUCGAAAAACACCUGGAGAAGCAGGGAGUGUGGCUCAGUGACACCAUUGCCCACUGGUUUACCCAAGGUUUCCUGGAUGAAGUGCCGUUCCCGCUGGCCCUGAGGAUUUGGGACAUUGUUAUAUUAGAAGGGACACACAUACUCACCACUGUGGCCUCUGUGGCCUUGAAACUGAACCAAAGGCGCCUGCUGAAGAUGCCCCAGAACCAAAUCCGGGAGUUCCUGCAGGUUACCCUGAAGCAAGCCUGGAACCAGGACAAUGAUGUUGUCAUCAAGAAGCUACAAGCCUCCAAGCGUGACCUGGCCAAGCGACAGUGCCUCCUCCUGCCUUCUGAAACAAAGCCGGGUGAGGCCUGCAGCAGGAACCAUGGGCAGAUCCACAACCCUGAAAAGACUGCCUCUAAAGCCCUGCAGGGUAGGGACACAGCUCAGGACCAGGGACCACCAUGGCAGCCCCCUGAGUCUUCAGAUUCCCUCACCGAGAGCAGCUUUUCUGAACCACCCACCAUCUAUGUUGAUUGGGUAGAAGAUACAGAGGAGGAAGAAAACUCUUCCGAGGAAGACAUCUUUGAAUGCCUCAACCGAGACACACAAGUACAAGCUCAGGUGGCUCCACGUGGGCCCAGCAUCACCAAGACUCCAUGGAGCGUGUGGCACAAGGGAAGGUUACUCCAGUGGUGGAGUCUUCCCAAUCUACAAGCGCCAGUGACAGGUGCAGAUGGCCCACUGCUGGAGACGGGCAGCCAGGAGGGCCUCUGUGCUCCUCUGCAUUCCUCCAAGCCCCUGGCUCCAGGACCCACGCAGGCCAUCCAGGCCCAAAGUUCAGGCCUGAAGAUAGCUUCCCUCCAUGACUUCCACCGGAGUACCCUGAAUUAUGGUGACUCUGAUGGGCUGGGGCCUCCCCGAGCCUGACCUCUCUGGUUGGCCGCGCCAUGGGGCAGCUUCAUGUCUGCGGGAGUUUUGAAGAAGCAAUGAGCCCCCAUGGUGUCCACUCCAGAAUGAACAGUAACCUACCGUGCCUAAGUAUGGUGGCCUCCUCACUGCAGGGGACGCCUCUUGGGGACUGCUGCCCCCCUCCCUGCUUCCUCCUGAUGGACUAAGGAUGUGAGUCUGGAUGUGCUAAGCAUGGAGACCAGGCUGUGUCCCCUUGCACUCUGCUGAAGGAGCUCUUAGGACUUCA